AUGAAUCUUACGUUACUGUUAAUAUUGGGUCUUGUUCCUUUUGUUUUGGCUGAUGAUUGGGAGGAUUUUACGAAUAACCUUGCGACGGACUUGGCCCCCUUAAUUACCUUGUUCGGCGAACGUCUUACAAAACAAUUCCUCUCCGAAUCGAUUAGCAUAUUAGACAAUGUCAUUUUCGCUCUUUCGCCACUCGGAGUAUUGACUGCGGUUGUCUCCGUUAUUCGAAUAUGCGGUAGUUCAUCCCUUCGAGCAUUUGUCGGUCGGGCGCAAGAAGGGCCCGCUGAAGCCGAAGGUGAACUUUUACCAUGCGUUUCAGAAUCGACAGCCGAAUUAUUCAACGAUGGAGGAAUUUCUCGAGUAUUCGGACGCCCUCGUAUCGUGGAGGUUGUCGCAUGGGAAGAGGGGUCGACAACCAAGAUUGGAACUCUGCGCGACGCGAUUCGAGAAGGCGCGUGGUCUGUCAAAGGAUCCGAGUCUCGCUCUGAGAAGACCGAUGAGGUUGUUUCGAUGCUAGAGCUGGACAUUCCGAAUUUGUCCUUGAAUAAAGGGAUCAAGCAAGUAGACCAGCUCUGGUUCUACGCGGCUGCUAUACUGGGCGCCCUGCUGCAGAUAGGUGUCUUGAUAUAUGCUGCCUUGACAGUUUUUGUGUUCCCCGAUUCGUUCAAAGUGGAUGACGGCGCUGUUGACAGUUAUGCAUUCCCAUUGUAUGUAAUCGGGACCACAUUCUUAUUCAUGGGGAUGUUUUAUUGCGCUGUGAUUAUCGAGCGGUCAUCGAAAGAAUAUUACAUCAAGCCAAACAAACCAAGCAAGUUGUACUGGCUUCAACCAGGAGAACAGACUGUUGGAGAUCAGGUCUUCAAUUCAUUUCUCGCAGUCAAGGAAGAAGGCCAGUCAUCCAUGACAUACAUCAAGUCCAAGAGAGUUCAAAAAUAUGAUGGCCGAUUUGUCGAGGUCUAUUCAACUAUAUUUCUCACGCUAAUGGGAUUCAUAUUUCAAUUUAUUGGCGAAAGAGGCCUUCAUGCAUCUGUCAUCUUAGCCCAGCUGGGGUCCACUUUCAUCAUGUCGGUGUUGCGAACUUGUCUCCGAACAGAGAGGAUGAAGCCAGAAGAAAAUAAGUUGAGAGAAGAAAGAGACCUAGUAUCGUACAAGCAACAAGAGCUUGACGCUUUUGCCUUUUACCUUGAAGGAAUUGAUUCUUUUAGCCUGGUCACUUCCCCAAUUCUUUCCAACGUCAACUCAAAUGGAUAUGUCAGUCAAUCAAAUGAUUCUAUGGUACAGCGAGUGCUUCGAACAAGAGCACGACUGGCAGAACUUACGAGUAAGUCGGAUGAUACUAGUUGGGACGAUAUUCCAAUACGCAAAAUGGCACAAUCCCUUGCCCGGACAAUUGAAACGACAAUGGACAUCAUGUCCAGCUGGGGAAUGGAGUUCAAAGAUCACUUUGAAUUUCCUCUCGCAUUUGAGGCUACUCCCUCGUCAACGAAGACGUCUCCUGCUGACCUCGGAUCAUGGUCUAUUGAGCUCACGAGAGGCAAUGACGUGCUUAGAUGGCGAGUGGAUACAAACAAACUGGAAGCGAUCAUCGGUCUCUGGGCCUGGUCAUUAUACAGAUCAAAAAAUGAAUGGCGCGAACCGCUUUAUAGGAUGGUUGGCAUCAAUCAAGCGCAGGCGGGCCAAGCAGAAAACUACCUCGACUUUCAAAAAUGGAUAUUCCGGCAAACCGAGGCGAAGCUCGUGCCGGCAAAAUUAGUGGAUGAACCGAAGCGUUUAUUUGGGUUUAAUCCAAACAUAUUCCCGAGCGACAGUGAAGUUCUGGCUGUGAAGACUGAAAACAAUCUCGAAAAGAUGAUAGCUCAAGAUAUUUAUAUCAGAUUCUUGAAAAGUGUCUUCUCAACCAUGAACAGUCUUGGGGGAGAUGUUGAUGUUAUUCCAGGUCUCCAAAACCCCUGGGUAGCUCAAAGUACCCGAAUUAAUGAUUUGGUUCAGUGCUUUGAGAACUGUCAUAUGGGGUCAAGAGAGGAUGCGCUGGUUUGCAUUAUUCCUUCUCUAAAGCAAAGCAACAUAUUACCAGACCUCGCAGCAGACUGCCCUCACAUAAGGAAGAGAAUUGAAAAUCAUAGACGAAGUGGAGAUUGGGCCAGCGCCUUUUCCAUCCUGAAUUGGAUGUGCUGUCGGUCAGAAGGAUCUGAAUUUGAAAGAUCUGUUUACGUUCUCGGUUAUCUCUGCCGGCGGGCGAUGCUCAGCAACAAUAAAGCAGUCCGCGAGGAGGGAUUCAAUCAAGUAUGUGUCCUGCUGGGGCCAGAUGUGAGAUAUUCAUUCUUCCAAACUCAGAACCAAUCAAAUUUUUUGAACUGGGUUAUCUCACCAUCACGAGAUUUGUGGUGGCAGGUGUUUGGUUGGCAGCUUGGUUGGAUCUCUUGGCAAAUUUCGGUCGAGAAUGGAGGUAUGCAUUGGAUUCAAGCGAAGCUUGGAUCUUUUGGUAUAUCUGAAUGUCUAAAGACUCUAGAGGCUUCUCCUUUGGACCUGGAAGAUACAGUUAAGGGUAUCACUGCUAUGAAAGACUGGCUUGCAACAAAACAAGUGGAAUCCAAGCGCCAAAUCAUGGAUAAUGACGAGGAAAUAGGAUUUGAGUGGGCAGUGAAAACAAAGCAAUUUGCUCUUGUGCAUUGGUUCCUGCUUUAUUAUAUCGAACUCGGAGACGAUUCCCCAUCCUUGAUCGCUGUUGUAUGGUUCUGGGCAGCGAAAUACCAAGUCGAUUGGGCCAUUCAGAUGUUGCAUCGCCAUGGAGCAGAUAUAAAUUCAACCAACCCAGAUGGCCAUACCGCAUUGUCAAUUUGUAUUGACUUUGCGGGAUUUGAAGCCAUAGAGCUUUUGCUUAUCAAUGGAGCGAACCCGGAUGGCAAUGACAAAGCCCCUGAUGGUCGGCCCAUUCUCAUAGCAGCCUACAGUGGCAAUAUACGGCUUUUGGAUACUUUGAUUCGCCAUGGUGCAGAUAUUGAGAUAACCGAUCGUAUGGGGCUCACAGCAUUGCGUUAUGCCUGCGACAAUAACCAGCCGAUUGCAGCUCGUUUCCUUUUGUCGAAUGGCGCAGAAAUUGAUACUACAGAUGCACGAACACAUACUACGCCCUUGGGAUUUGCAAUUACCAAUGAGAGAUUUGAAUUGAUUAAAGUACUCCUAGAAUUUGGGCCAAACUUGAAUAUACAAGAUUCCCACGGUCACACUCCCCUAAUGCGUGCGGUAGCCGGUCAGUCAGCUAGAAUCAUGGGCCUGCUGUUAGAAAAGGGUACAGACAUCACAGCCAUGGAUCACAGAGGACAAGAUGCGCUGGCUAUGGCGAGAGAAAACCAGUUUGUGGAGGGAGUCCAAAUUCUGGAGUUGUGGAUGAAUCAUUCCUAA